AUGGGAAAUUGGAUUUUGGGGAACACGGAGCAUGCGUUGUUAGAUCAUGAUAAUGGCAGUAGAAUAUUGGCUACAACAAGAAAUGAGGAUGUUGCUAAUUUUAGUACAGGAUCUUCAUUGGUUCAUGUCUAUCGUAUAGAACCUUCAACUCAGAAGGGGGCAUGGGAUCUCUUCUGCAACAAAGCAUUCAGGUUUGAGUUUAAAGGGCAAUGUCCAAAAGAUCUGGAGGAAUUGUCACGCGACAUUGUUAGAAGAUGUGGAGGAUUACCGCCACGAGCAAUUGUGACUGUUAGUGGACUUCUAGCUACCAAAGAAAAGACCAUUCUUGAAUGGAAAAAAGCUCUUAGAGGCCCGAUCUGCAAUGGUGGGAAAUUUGAUACAUCUAAGAAAUUUAAACUUACCAGAGCAGCAAAACUUCCAACAUCGAUAAGAAAGCUUCAUGACCUGGAGUCCUUGGAUUUGAGAAAUUCUUUCGUGGAGGAGUUGCCAGUUGAGAUCAGUACGUUCCCUGAAUUGCGACAUCUUUUGGCUGAUGAUAGAAAGACUCGGGCAUUGAAGAUACAUGGCAGCAUUAAGCAUUUGGAGUUCUUGCAAACGUUGUUUCUAAUUAAAGUGGACCGUGAUUUAAGCUUGAGCAAUGAUGGCCUACAAGUGUCGACGAAGAUGAGGAAAUUGGGGAUCAUCAAUUUGAAAAGAGAACAUGGAAGUCCAAUCAAUAUCUUCUCCUCCUCUUCAGCUGCAAAGUCUCCUAGUUGGAUUCCCAAACUAAACAAUCUGGCUGAACUGAGUUUGAGUUUUACAAACUUGAUGGAUGAUUCCAUUAAAGUCCCUCAAGCUCUGCCCAAUCUAAAUUAUCUUGCACUUGCACGGGCAUACAACGGAGAGAAGAUGCAUUUUGAAGGAGGAGGGUUUCAGAAACUCAAGUUUCUCUCUCUUGCAGGCUUGAGCAAUCUGAAUGAAAUGUUAAUAAACGAAGGAGCAUUGUCACUUCUUAAAAGGCUAGAAAUGGGACCCUGCCCAAAACUAAAUAAGAUAGUGAGGCACAUACCGAUUCUCCGAUAUGAUGCUACUUAUGAUCCCAAUGAUGAAGGAUCUUAUGGAGCAUUUGGAUGA